AUGGUCACCCCAGCAGCAGCCGCCGAACCAACAGCGGACACUGCCGUGACCCUCGUCACCACAUCCCGCCGUCUCUUCCCACACGCGGACGGCGGCUUCUCUCCUUCGACCGCGACCUGGGUGAGCCUCUCUUCAUUACCUCUAUGUUCCUUAUUCUUCUCUAUGUCCCCUGUUCCUCUCUUGUCCAUGCUGCUAGUUACAUGGAUCAGUGGAUCUUGGAUAGAUGGAAGUCCCUACCAAGGAGGUGUAUGGAAGGUUAGAGUAGAACUGCCCGAUGCAUAUCCUUACAAGUCUCCAUUGAUUGGUUUGGUUAAUAAGAUAUAUCACCCGAAUGUCGAUGAACUGUCUGGUUCCGUCUACUUGGAUGUCAUUAACCAGACAUGGAGCCCAAUGUUUGAUCUUGUCAAUGUGUCUGAAGUCUUCCUUCCACAACUUUUGUUAUAUCCAAAUCCUUUUGAUCCAUUGAACGGAGAAGCUACUGCGCUCUUGAUGCGUGAUCGCCCUGCUUAUGAGAAGAAAGUGAAAGGUGAUUAUAUUAAUUUAACACACAUCUAA